AUUUUUGCAAGAUGGCUGCGGUAGGGAUACGAAGGUCCUUGCCGCUUUUUCGACAUUGUAGAGGUAUUUGGCAAGCCAACAGGUAAUUAGAACUAUUUAUUUGAAAAUGAAACAAGUUACUUGGUUUUUCCUGAGGUAAAGUGAACAGAUCGCAUUUUUUAUGUAAGCUUAUCGACUCUAACUUUUUCUUUAUCUUUAGGUCCUUGAGUUUGUGUUGUUGCCGGCUUUCUCCCGGUAUUGAAGUUGUUUCGAGGAAGAAGAUGAAUAGUUCUCGUGAAGUAAACAAGCACGAUUUAAACGUAAUCCCAAGGAGAACGUUAAUAGGAUCCAUUAUUCCGAAUCCCCUCAAUACGUCGCGGAGGAGAAAGUAUUCCGAGAGGAGAUUGCUUGGGUAAGUAAAUUUAAUGGUUCAAUAAGUUUAUGUUUAUACUAUAUUGUAACCCCCUUGUUUGGUUGGAAAUGAUCAUUAGAAUACAUUUUCAAUCCGCACGAGUUUUCAAGCCCUUUUGAUCUUGACUGCUCCAUAACUGGUUAAGUAAAACGUUAUUUUAGGAAAAAUGUUAAACCUGGAAAAUGUACAAAUUAUUCUGACGUGCACCUUCGUACAAAGUCCGUCACUCGUUUCUAAGAAUUCAAUGUAUAUGAAAAAAAAAUGAGCGUAUAUGCUUUACUCUAGUUACUCUGUCUCUAAUAGUUUCAUAUAAUUGUGUUUGAUCGUUGAGGGUUUCAAAAGAUUUUAACCCUAUAAUUCGUAGAAGCAAUUAUCUUGUGACUUCUCCAAGGUAUGAUAUCCAUACAUCGUCCUAUAAACAGGUAAUGAGAAUACUCAAACUUAUCAGGUAGAAUUUGUUAUCUUGAUACGAUCUAACAUCAAAUUCUCCUUACUGAUUUAAAAGGAAAUGUGCUGCAGCUAGAGGGGAGAAUAAGCAAUCAAAUCUUGGAAGAACUGUUUAUUUUUUUCACAGGAAUCUUAGGAGAAAUUUAUGUUCCUAAGGCUUUCCAACCUACUUGUUUGGAAGGUUCUUAUAAAGGCUUGGAACAAUGGAUUCCAACAAUACUCCUUCAACAACACUUUCAGCAAUAUUAUUUUGAUAAUAUUACUGAUAUAUGCAGAGCACUGAGAGUAGGGUUUUCUUUCUAUGAUUAAGGAUACACAGAAAGAAUUAAAAGACUACUCUAAUUUCAAGUGAUCUUAUUUUUGUACUGUUAUUUAUGUGAUAACAUCGUUCUUCUUAUAGUUACUCAAUGGAGGAUAUGUAUGCAGUGGUAUCAGAUGUGGAGGAUUAUAGACAUUUUGUCCCUUGGUGUAGGGACUCUACAAUUGUGGCCAGAAAACCAGGCUUCCUUAAAGCUAAACUAGCUGUUGGUUUCCCACCUGUGGUUGAGAAGUAUACAUCUGUUGUAUCUUUGGCCCCACCAAACCUAGUGAAGGUACUAAAUCUGUGUAAUUAAGUUUUUUAUAUAGUUAUGUAUCACACAUAUGUAGAUAUGUAGGUUGGCACACUGAACUGGAUAAGAUCUCUAGAAUAUGCAAACAGGCUUGAGAGCUGACUUUUCAUGACAAGUUAAGCUUAACCCUUUUACUCCCAUGAGUGACCAAGACAGAAUUUCUCCUUGCAAUAUCAACACAAUAUCAACCAGAUAAGUGAUGAGAAUAAAGAAAAAUAUCAGUUAGGGGAUUAUAAGUUGAUACAAUACCAAACUUUCUAAACUAACAUCACAAGAACUGUACAAGGAACAGUAUUGAGAAUUACUAAUGAGAUCUUGGGAGAUAAAGUGUAAAUUUAUUUGGGCAAAUGAAUAUCAUUGGUAAGAUAUGCUUUCUGUUUACAUCUUGUCAUAAAAUUGCUUCUGAUUCACAGGCAGAGUGUACAGAUGGAGAGAUGUUUAAUUAUAUGAAGACUAUUUGGAAAUUUAGUCAAGGUUUACCCGGAAAUCCUAAUACUUGUACAUUGGACUUUUAUGUAAGUCGUUAUUAUUAAUAACAUUUUUAAAGUUCUGUCUUAAUUUGUGAUUUGGAAGAUGUGAGCCCAACAGUUAGUGCACUGAACUAUAAAUCAAGGGGUCAGGUCGGGUAGGAGGUGUGACUUGAUCAUUGUGCUGCGUUCCUGAACACAUCUUUCUCUUGGUACCUCCCUUCACCCUGAGUGAAAAGGGAUACUGUCAAACUGUCAAGAAAGUCUGACAUAAUGUUGGCGGCUAACCUGCAAUGAACUGGCUUCCCAUCCAGGAGGGAGUGGCAAUACUCCAAGUCACGCUAUGCUACAGGAACUGGGAUAAGCUACGGCUAGAUGGGCCCCAUGGCUCGAGAGCAGAUGUUAACCUUUUUCCCAGUAAAAUGUUAAUUAUGCACAUGUGGCUCAGCCAAGAUAAUUGUUCAGUGUUGAUAUUGUUGUUGUCUUGUUUGGCCAUUUUCUCAUUAACUCUUUAAAUUUAUUUUCUUGUAGGUUGAGUUUGAGUUUCGUUCAAUCCUUCAUUCUCAGCUUUCAACCAUGUUCUUUGACGAAGUUGUUAAAAAAAUGGUGAAGGCAUUUGAAAAGCGAUGUUACUAUCUCUACGGACCAGGCCACUUGCAUAAUAACAAAUCUAGACCAGUACCAGCAGGUAUGAGG